UGGCUGUGUGCAGACCAACCACUGUGUUCUAACAGCUGCUCUUGCUUUGAGGCUGCCUUCCUGUUCUUCAGGGUGAGGAACAAUAAGAACCAAAGGGUCGUCCCAAACGCCUCGCAGCAGAAAGCAGAGCGGGGGACGACUACGUUAUGACCUGACUCUAGAAUAUUUGUCAGGUUUUCUUUAAAUGCUAACACCAUGAAGACACAUCUACAGUUUGUUCUCCUCCUAAUUCAGCUCUUUGAAGCCUGUGCAGAGGUGAUCUUUCAGCGGCUGGCAGAGGACCGGUCUCUGGUUCUCUCCUGCACCCCUCAGCAGGAACGGGGUCAUCUGGUGGGACUCCAUCUGUACCACCGCGGCCCCCAGAACCAGACCACUCUGCUCUCUGUGGCCGAGGGCAGCACAGUCAGGAAGGACCCAGAGCGCGGGGCCCGUCUGCAGCUCAGCGGGGGGCUGAACUCGCCAAGGAUCAACGUUAGCAUCUCUCACCUGCAGCUGAGUGAUACGGGACUUUACAUGUGGGAGCUGAGUUACAGACAGAACAGCUCAGAUCAGGUCCUCCUCGGGGCACAAAGGUACUUCCUGCUGGUGGAAGGGAGGUCAUGUGGGUGCUCUCAUGGUUACAUCCCUCUGCUCCUCACCAUCUCUGCAGCAGCAGGCCUUCUCCUGCUGACAGUGAGCUUGUUGGCCAUGGAGAAAUGUGUAAGAUUAAGGCAUCAUCGCCCACCGCAGCCUCAUUCUCCCAUCUAUGAGGAAAUGAGCAGGAAGCAGCAGAGCGCAGGAAGCCCCAAAAUAACCCAGGAAGCCUCUCCGCAACCGGAGGAAGUCAACUUCCCAGUUUACGCCAACCCAAACAUCCGGCAGCCACAGGACAACUACUACGCCUGUCCCCGACAGCUGGCCGUCAGAGUGUGAACUUCGGCAACACACCGACAGGAAGUGACGUCAACGUGGUCAAUAAAAACAAAGACAGCCAAACGGACAAGAAAAAAAAUGCUAUUUUAUUAAUAUUUGAAAGAAGCUCCAUAGUUCAUGAAAACAUUUGUUUCGGUGCAUGUCAUUUAACAAUCACAUUCUAUGAGGAGAAAGAUAUACAGAGAAAACAAAAAUAAAACAUUACAAGCCACUGACUUCUCAUUAACUCUCAGUAACAACAUUUUUACUUAUUUAAAAAAAAAGGCAAAAAAAAAAGCAGCCCUAAUCCCACCUCCCACCCUCCAAAACACAAAACUGAGGAAAGGAAACAAAGAUCAAAAACCCGUGAGGGUGACAGGCUAGAAUCCCACAGUGCUAAAGUGUGAGAUGCUCAUUGGUUUAGGAAUACACAGCAUGGCGAUGUAGCGCUAGGUCAAUCUGAAGAGGGACCAGGGGGGAAGCUGGAGGUGGUGGGCUUCACCCCACCCAUCCGUUUGUCCCCUUAGAGAACAACUAAAACACAUAAAAACACAUCAGAACCCCUGCAAUAAAACAGCCACUUAGAAGAAGCGGGCCAUAAAAUCCCCCAGACCCCCGUUUACCUUCUGCCCCGCCCAACACUUGUGCAUAGAUUCAUGAUCCUUUUACAACCAGCUCAUGUUUCACAUUACAUCCUCCAAAAAGAUCUGAAACAAAAAUGCUCCAAAACAAGUCUGAUUAAUCUAUUAAUAAUAAUAAUAAUAAUAAUAAUAAUACCCGCAGCGGGAGAACGAGAGAGACAGAAAGAUUAAUGCACAAUGUUCCUGAUUCAGUCAGGAUGGGACCUCAUUAAGAAAAACACAAAGAUUCAAACAUACAGCAUUUGCAUGUUAUUCACCAUAUUUUUUUGUCUUUUUUUUUCAAACUCAUUGACCACUUUUGUUUUUAAAAGUAAAGCAAUUUUAAUAUAUAGAUUUAUAUUAUAAAGCACUCCAUUUUUGUUUAAAAGUCCAUUAUUUGGUUAUUAUGUAACUGCUACGGAUUUAGAAACAAAAAAAGAAAAGGUAUUUUCUUCUGAAAUCCAUAACUUUCAGUGCUUAAAAUUCUGUCAUUUUUUUUUCUUCUUUUUUUAAACUCAUCAUACAUAAAAAUGUACAUUAAAAUGGCGUGGAGUUGGUACUCUGGAACCCUGGCUUUCCUGAGACAAGAUCCACUUUAAUCGUGUGUGUGCAAGAUAGUGAGCCUUUUUUUUUUCCUUUUCUUUUUCUACAAAGGAAAAAAAAAAA